UCCCUCCUUGUUGUCCCUCCAUCCCUCCUUGGCCUGUUGCUGCCUCCCAUUGAGCACAGACGUUGGCUGGCCGCGCCGUGCCGCCCUCGGUUCAGUCCUGCUGUUCCCCUCCCCAGGAAGAAGAGCUGUUCCCCUUCAAUUUGGACGAGUUCGUUACGGUGGACGAGGUGAUAGAGGAGAGCGAAUCUCCGGUGAGAACGCAGCACUCUCAGCCCAAGGGGAAGAGGAAGGAAUGUUCCAGGAGCGCCUGGGAGCCCAGCUCCAAGAGGAGGAAGGACAGGAGCUCCCCGCAGCGCCUGGCCGAGGCCCGGCUGUCCUUCGUCAUGUUGGAUGAGAUCGGCGAGGAGGAGGAGGAGGCCGGCGCGCAGCUGGGGAUGCUGGUGGUGGACGAGGUGGUGGAGGAGGACGAGCUGGCGGGGGAGGCGGGCGGCGAGCAGCGGGCGCUCGUGGCUUUGGACGAGCUGCGCGAGCGGGGCGGCGCACCGACGGACGGCGGCGUUACGGAGGGACGGCGAUCGAAACCGGAGCCUUUGGUGACCGUGGAUGAAAUCGGGGAGGUGGAGGAGCUGCCGCUGAACGAACCCACGGAGCUGAGCGGCAAGGAGGAGGAGAAGGGCGGCGCCGAGGAUCCCUGCCAGGUGCCCGACGAUCCCAGCGCCUUGGUGACGGUGGAUGAGAUCCGCGAGGAGGACGGCGGCGCGGCGUGGGAUGAGGCCAACGAGGACGAGGACGAUUUCCUGGCUGAUUUCAACCGGCUGAAGGAGGAGCUGAACUUUGUGACGGUGGACGAGGUUGGGGAGGAGGAUGAGGAGGAGGAGGAGGAGGAGAAGGAGGAGGAGGAGGAAAGCGCUUUGCCGGGGAAAGAGCCGAAGGGAGGUGAAGACGAGGAGGAAAUUGCUGCUGCUGUGGGACCAGAGGAAGAAACGGCCGCCGGUGCAGGACCAGAAGAGGAGGACAUCGUUGCUGUUGCAGGGCCGGAAGAGAUGGAAGUUCUGGGUGCUGCUCAUCCAGAGGAAGAAGAAGAAAGUGCGGCCUCCAAACCAAAAGGUCUGGAUUACCUCCUCCCCAAGGCCGGCUUCUUCUGCCAAAUCUGCUCCCUGUUCUACUCAGAUGAGACCUCAGUGAAGAAUCACUGCCGCACGGCGCUGCACCAGCAGAACGCAGAG